GUUUAUUUUGAUUUUGUUUUGCCGCGAAAAUGAUCUUGGUUGGUGGAAAUGACACUUCGUUUCAACGUCCUGCGCCAGUAUUUGUUCCAGAACACAGAACUCUAUCCACUAAGAAGUCUAGAGGUACACCAAAAUUUGCCCCACCCCCAAAAGCUCCAGUGAAGAGUUGUCCAGUCACAAGAAUAUUUCCGCGCAUCAGCGACUACGACCGACCCCAGCCAGUGUCUUUCAGGGAUGAUUCCGACACAUCUUUUAUUGUACAGAGUCCACUGUAUAGUGCAGAAAAAACAGCACUUUACUUUGAACAGUGUUAUGCCAUUGAAGAGAAAACUUGGCGUAGGUUCUUUGGUGAAGUAUACCGAGUCCGAAGUAAAGAGGAUGGGAGACAGUAUGCAUGCAAACGAACCCUGUUAAGAUUUCGAGAAGGUGACAGGCGGAGGAGAAUGGAGGAAGUCCAAAAACACGAGAAACUCCCAAAGCACAAAAACUGUGUCGAGUUCUAUCGGGCUUGGGAAGAAAGGCAACACCUGUAUCUUUUGACAGAAGUGUGCCGCACAUCACUAGCAGACAUGGCUGAAGACAGACAUGAUCUUCCAGAGAGUGUUGUUUGGGAUUAUCUAGUCGAUUUGUUACAGGGUGUAAGCCACUUACACAAACAUCAUUUGGUGCACAUGGACAUCAAACCAGAAAACAUAUUUAUUGGCUACGAUGGGCUAUGCAAGCUUGGCGACUUUGGUCUAGUCAUUGAAACAUCUCAGGGUCCUGUGAAGGAAGCUAUGGAAGGUGAUCCCAAAUACCUGGCCCCAGAGGUUAUGAAUCUCCAGUUCGGUGCGUCGGCUGAUAUUUUCAGCCUGGGGAUGACCGUGCUUGAAUUGGCCACUGACCUGGACCUUCCCAAGCAGGGAGAUAUGUGGCAGUCGCUCAGGCAGGGCAAGUUGCCUCCUGUGGCGUAUUGUAAGUUUAGUGGAUUGUAUUCAGUGUUAACAGGGCUUCUGCGACCAGAUCCAUCAGAGAGACUCACAGCUGAUCAAGCCCUCAAUCUUCCCGUCAUAAGACGCAUUUUACUUCGCAAGAGAGUGAAAGACAUUCUUCAGGAACAGCUCAUGAAGGCCAAAGGAUUCCUGUUGCGAAUAUGGCUUUACGUGAUGUCAUUCUUUGCCUUUGUUGCCCUCCCAAUCACCAGACUGCGCAAGAGGAGGAGGUCUUCGGGAGACUCGCCCAAUAAGUCUAGGAUGAAUAAUUCUGACUCUGACUUCACCAUGGGAUUUUCAGAUGAGGAAGGUUUGGAUGACCACAGCCUAGCACAGCCCCUGAGCGAUAUUUCCACAUCAAGCAGUGAGACCAACCAGUUCCUCAGCAACAAGGGUUUGAAUUCCACACCUAUAAUUUCACACUUCAAGAAGCGACCUGACUUCUUUGAGGGUUCACCCAGUAUAAGGAACAGCUGCAAUGCAAGCCCAAGAAUAGACGAUAGUCCAACCUUUCAUCCGCCGCCGUAUCACCCUGCCCAGGACAGGAAGACCUUUCACCCAGCGAUUGAAUGA